CGGGUCGACGAACGCGGAUCCGGCAGUACAACUCCGCUUAACGUCUGUGUGAACGGGCUGCGCGCUAAGUCUCCAACGGCAGCGCCAAACUACUUGGAGCCGAGCGCUGAGGAACGGAAAGAUUUCUGUGUGUGUGUGUGCCUCAACCUUCAAUUAUAAUACAUAAGUGCAAAGUAAAAUAAAAGAAAAAAACUUAUUUUCAAUCAGAUUACGAUUCUGAUUCAGUGUUAAAAAAAUAAUAAUAUUUGUGUGCAACGAUAAAUAAAUAAUAACAUUAUAUAAGCAGUUAACUUCCGGAAAGCGGCGAAUUAAGAAAGGAGAAAAAGAGAUUUGCAGCUUUCGCAGCGAGCAGAUGUUACAAUUAAACGCGCAAGCCAAACUGUGUGCCAAUAGCUGUAGCAACAACAAACACCUUAACAAAAUUUCCACCAGUUCUGUGUUCCUGACGCGCGCACGACGCACUCACAGCCAACGGCACUCCAACAAAGCAGGCGCCGCCGCCGCCAAAAUCAUAGCCAGAGUCAACGUGUCACAUAGCAGCUGAGGGUACGCCCCCGUGCGCCAAAACGCCUAGCAACAACAGCAACACUGCCAUCGCCAACAGCGCCACCGCCACUGCCAACAAAAUGCCCAUUUGCAACAAGCCCGCGCAGGCGACAAAAAACGUCGCCGAGUUCGAUGACUACGCCUCAGAGGCUGCCAAAAUGAAGCGCACACGCGAGCAGGCCUACUUCAACUCGUACAAUUUCGACGCAAUCCAUCCCUACGACAAGGACGAUAUCGAAGCCAUGGAGGCGCAAGGUGUCCACAAAGUAGUCGGUGUUUCAGCUGCUGCUGUUGCAACACACGCAAGCGCAAUCACUGCCACAAAAGUGCCGCCCGUUGUUGGUGGCAGUAAUAGUCAGAAUCAACAACAACAACAAUUACAAAAGCCACACAAUACGCUUAAGACGAUUUAUCGCGGCGCCUCGUCCAUCGCCUCGUCGACGCCGAGCACACGCAGCAGCUUUCAACAUAGCAGCAGUAGCGGACGCAGCAGCGGUUGCGGCAGUCAACACAGCCUACGCAGCAGCAUUGCUGACGAUGUGGAUAAUAUUGAUGCCGUUGGCUAUAUGCGUCGCCCGCAACCUGCCGGCGAACUGACCUACACAUAUAUGCAACGCUUCGGUGUGCGUUUGGUGCGUUCGCGCAAUGCGUCGCCCUCGGCGGAUGUGGAGCGCACCAGCCCAGAGGGUGGCAGUGGAGGAGGUGCCAUCGCGCCAGCCGAAGAACUAGCGCCGGUGCAUGCGACGAAGGGUAGCGCAGCCGAGGUGUCGGAGAAUGGCAGUUUUCUGCUGCCACGCGCCAUGCUGAAGUACCAAAGGUAG